CCAGAAGAAGCACAAUGUGUCCCCCACCAGAUGUACUAUCCCUCCCCUAAUGCACCAUACAUACCUUGGAAGGUGUAUUGUAGCUGAAUAAUGCAAGAAGGUACUUCUGCUCAUGGUAUAUACUUUAGCAAUAUGAUAAACCUUUUGGUAUAUUUGUAGUAUGUAUAGAUAAGUCAUAAUGGAAGAUUUUCCAAAGACUCCACUUAUUGGGAGUAAUAGCUCAGCUCCAUUAAGUCAAGGGCAUGUCUUUUUCUUGUAGUUUAGAGCUUCUGAUUGAGGACAUUUUAUUUUUUUCAGUUGAAUCCUGACUCUUGGGAAAGAGGAACCAGGAAAAUCUCCUCAGUAGUGUUAUAGUGUCCUUUGGAAAAACUGAAGAAAUAAUUUGCUUCUGAUUGACUUUUUCAUUUGCAUUCUCCAUCUUUAAAGCUGAGGCCUGUCUCUUUAAUAAUUUCUGCUUCUCAAAGUGCAAGUGGCUUUAAGUUUGCUUCUUUUCAGGGGGGAAAGUACACUUGGAUAAAAGGUUACUCAGCUCCCAUGUAUGGAUUUAUUGUCACUUGAGUUUUUGUGAUAAAAUUACUCCAGUAAGCCUGAUGAUCAGUACAAUAUACCUUUCUAAAUCUCAGAAGCGGCAGUUGGUGUUCGACCUAUAGAACCCUUUCACUUUUAAUAACUCCUCCGUAAAGUUUCUUGAUUUUUAUUUCUGUGUUCUUUUCACUAAAACAGGCUGCAGUAAAUUCCUGUGUGUAUGUAGAAUACUAGCUUCUUAGAGGAGAAACGUUUGAGUUUCAGGAACAUUUUGUUUGAUGUUGUAGUGUGUGGUAGGCAGCUGCUAAUAUUCUUUUAUACCAGAAAAGAUGCAAUUGGGAUAUGACCUAUCUACCACUCUGCUGGAAGAACUUCCUAAUUUGGGGCUAUCAAAUAUAAGCACCAAGGAAUCCUUACCAAGGCUACAUCAUUGUGAAAUACAUGGACAUGUGAUGUUUCUCCUCUGAAAACAUGGAGUGGGUUCUCCUGAAUGCCAUCUGCUGAGAGUCACAUCUGUUAAUUUAGGGAGAGCUGAUGCUGAGACCGAGUUUCAGGAAGGGACCAUGGAUCUGCCCAGUGGGAGAAGUUUCAUGCAAGUUCUCUGUGAGAAAUACAGCCCCGAAAACUUCCCGUACCGUCGUGGUCCUGGAAUGGGCGUUCAUGUCCCAGCUACACCUCAGGGCUCACCUAUGAAAGAUCGUCUCAACCUCCCAAGUGUGCUGGUGUUGAACAGCUGUGGAAUAACCUGUGCAGGGGAUGAGAAUGAGAUCGCUGCCUUCUGUGCUCAUGUGUCCGAACUGGAUCUGUCUGACAAUAAACUAGAAGACUGGCAUGAGGUCAGUAAAAUUGUGUCAAACGUCCCCCACCUGGAGUUUCUGAACCUGAGCUCCAACCCUCUGAAUCUGUCGGUCUUAGAGAGGACGUGUGCUGGGUCUUUUGCCGGCAUUCGGAAACUUGUGCUCAACAACAGCAAAGCAUCCUGGGAAACGGUCCAUACAAUACUGCAAGAAUUGCCAGACUUGGAGGAACUCUUCCUGUGCCUUAACGACUAUAAAACAGUGUCUUGUUCUCCAGUUUGUUGCCACUCUCUCAAGCUGCUCCACAUAACUGACAAUAAUCUCAAAGACUGGACUGAAAUCCGAAAGUUGGGGAUAAUGUUUCCAUCACUGGACACGCUGGUUCUGGCCAAUAACUACCUGACAGCCAUUGAAGACUCAGAAGAUUCUCUGGCAAGGCUGUUUCCACACUUGCGAUCCAUCAGUCUGCACAAGUCAGGUCUGCAGUGCUGGGGAGACAUCGACAAACUCAAUUCUUUUCCCAAGCUCGAGGAAGUGAGGUUACUGGGCAUUCCUCUCCUUCAGCCAUACACCAAUGAGGAGCGCAGGAAGCUGGUAAUAGCCAGGUUACCAUCUAUCAAUAAGCUGAAUGGGAGUGUCAUUUUGGAAGGAGAGCGAGAGGACUCGGAGAGGUUUUUUAUUCGUUACUACAUGGACUUUCCACAAGAGGAAGCCCCUUUCAGGUAUCAUGAGCUAGUGACGAAAUACGGUAAGUUGGAAAAGCUGGCGGUGGUGGACUUGCGGCCCCAGAGCAGCGCCAAAGUCGAGGUUCACUUCAGAGACCAGGUGGAGGAGAUGACCAUACGCCUGGAUCAGACGGUAGCAGAACUAAAGAAACAAUUGAAAGCGUUGGUCCAGCUCCCGACCAGCAACAUGCAUGUCACUUACUUUGACCACGAAGCUCCUUUCGGCCCCGAGGAGAUGAAGUACAACUCGCGGGCCCUGCACUCUUACGGCAUUCGGGAUGGAGAUAAAAUCUAUGUGGACUCCAAAGCCAAAUAGCCCGCCCCCAUCUCCAGGGGGUUCACGGCCACCUCAUGUACACAAAUUGAGGACUUUCUGGAAGUGGGGGGAUUCGUUUUGGUUUGUCGUUUGAGGUUUGGUUUUCUAUACGUACCAGGUAGCUUCUCCAGCAGGCCCAGAUCCGCGAGAGGUGUGCUGCGACCCAGUGCAGAUUGCGGUGGCGGCGAAUUGUUAAGAGGAGGUGACUGACUUCAAGCGUGUGUGUGCGGCUUUUCUUUGGUUUCUCCCCAACUGCUCCAGUAUUCCUGUGAACUUAGCAUGAAAGUCUUUCUUCAAAGCUUUAAGAGGGUCCUUGCAGUCACUCAAGUCGGGGAGCUCGGGCUUUCAGGCCAUACACAGGGUACGUGUUGAAAAGGUUUUGUGUGGCUCAGUAGCCGGGCUCCAAUUACAAGUGGCAGAAUUGGUGCCCCUUCACCUGGGUGGCCUCUCAAUCUCUUUGUUCCCGGAGGGUUAGGUUGGAAGGGGGGUGUUCUAUAAGCAGUGUUUUACUAGACUUUGGUCUACUGGAUAUCCAGUGCCCUUCUGGAUUUCACUUAAGCUGAAGGAGAUCAAAACUUUGACAGGGGUUGACAUGUGCGCCUGCACACACACACACUGCGGCUUGCAGGGCACUCUGCUAAAUCACAAUCACUUGCAUAACCUUUUUGGCUUGCUGACUCUCAAGGGUGUCGUAGGGGCCAGACUAAGUGCAGAUAGUGCCAGGCAUUUAAAUGGGAGCCUCUUUGUCUCAUGGGCAAGUUCAUGUUGGUCACCCGGUCAUGUGUUCGAUCUGUUUCGUGAAGGCUCGCUCUCCACUGCUGAGAUACCUCUCUCAGCUUGCAGGCAGCUCUUAAUGGACUGUCACCAUCCUCACUGUGGCUGAAGAACCCUAAAACCCUUGCAUUUAAAAAAAACAACAGAGCAUUCUUUUAUCAUACCCUUCUUCCAAGGAGCUGUGGGUGAGGUACAUGUUUCUUCCCCCCCACACACAAAAAAAAUCUUUUUUUCUUUUAUAAUAACCCUGUGGGAGAAAAUGGCUCUCUCAAGGUCACCCAAGGAGUUUUACAGCUAACUGGCAAUCUGAACCUGAGUCUCUCAAAUCCAAGACCUAUGCUAAGCUGCAACACCGCAGUGGAAACCAAAGGCCAGGCCUUCCUCCCCGCCCAGCGUUUGCUCAUAAAUUAGCACUUUUUUAAAGCCAACGCAGAGAUGCAACAGAAGUACAGGUCCUCUGAGGUCCCUGGGGUCCUGUCUCUGCAUGAGUCAGUCUUCUAGCCUUGCCUUUUACCACUUGAAAGGUGUAUUGGAGUGGUGAGUUUUGCGGGGCCGCCACAGGUGAGCUCCUCUUACACGCCGUAGAAGCAAGCCCACCGCCCACCCCCAAAUCUUGUGAGAAGGGGCACAUGCACAAUUUACUGAGGAGUAUAGGAAACUGUCAUAAAGAGUAAAAGGCCACCCCCUGUUCUUGGAGAUGUCUUCUACCCACUUUCGUGUAGCUCAACAUCAUAUUUAUGAUUCUUAGGGGGGGGGGAAUCUAUCUUUCUUUUUUUGAAGAAUGCUUGCUUUGUAAAUCAGGCAGGGCUCUCUCCCUCAGCAGUGCCCUUCCAUGCUCAUCUGUCAGCUUGACAAGUUGAAAACUGGAGAAUCGCUCAGUUUUACACAUGUACAUUUAAAGGAGGGGAGGGAGGAAGUGGGCUUCCCAGCGCCGCCGCCCCCCCCCAGCAGUGUCGCUAAGCUCUUGUUACCCAUAAACUUUUGACCUUCCUUACUUAGCUUCUCAUGCAAGGUUUCUUUCCCAUAAUUCCUCUGUUCUCUGGUGGGAGGGCUUCUUUUUAUAUACGUACAUCUAUCCCAGAGUUUGUGCAUUUUCUUCCCCUGCGGUGUGCAAAACAAAAUCCCAGUAAUCUUAUUUUUAUUUAUAUUUAUGGUAAAAGUCUUGCCUGAACGCCAAGCGUAGAAAAGAGGGCAGGAUUUUUUAAAAAAUGCAAAUCUCCUCUCCUAUGACCAUAUAAAGAUGAGCAAUAUAGAGCAAAACAAGGCUUGCAUGUGGAAUGUGGUAGUCCAUUCUCUUUUAUUUCACUGACUCCAGUAAGAAAUAAUUACCUAUGUAUUAUGUGGAGUCAUUCCAGGACAUUGUGUUGAUGAACUGGCACUGGGCUUUAUAAGCUGAGACAGAGCUGAGGUUCUUUCCUGUCCAUUUGGGUAGCAAAGCUCCAAACCAACGCUUUGUUUAUGAUGUGUGUGUGUGGGUAUAUGUAUCUAUGUAUGUAUAUUUACACAUAACGGGAAAUGGCAAUGUUAAUAAGAUAUUUUAUUAUAAAGCAAAGUUUUAUUGAAAGAUAAGGUUGUGUAAUAAUAUUAGAUUAUUAUUUUAUCUGUGGACCUACUGUAUGAAGUAUGUUAGCCCCGUAAUCUGGGCCGCUGAAAGACUUUAGACUGUAAAGAAGUGGCCAUUUGGGUUGUGCAGAACAGUAUUUCCCAUCUUCCUCCUGCCCAUCUCCAAGCCCAAUAUUUAUACAGUAGUAACAGGAAUUUAAUGAAAUAUUUGUAACUGGUGGACAUCCGACUGCACAGGUGUCUGUGUCUUAGAAGGAAACAUUCCACAUAUUAAAAGUUUAUGAAGGCAUUCACUGAA